AUGGUCCUCAGGACAUUGUCGCCACAGGAAGACCCAGGUCAGGCGCUUUCAGGACGGACCCUGAGCUUCUGCCCUCCUGCCCCUCCCGCACCCACAGGUCAGCCCAAGUCGGCACCCUCGGUGUCUCUGUUCCCGCCCUCCACUGAGGAGCUCAGCAACAACAAGGCCACCCUGGUGUGUCUCAUGAGCGACUUCUACCCGGGCAGCGUGACGGUGGCCUGGAAGGCAAAUGGCACCCCCAUCACCCAGGGCGUGGAGACCACCAAGCCUUCCAAGCAGAGCAACAACAAGUAUGCGGCCAGCAGCUACCUGAGCGUGUCCAGCCAAGACUGGAAGUCUGCCAGCGCUUACAGCUGCGAGGUCACACACGAAGAGAACACCGUGAAGAAGACAGUGGUCCCCUCAGAGUGUUCCUAG